AUGAUCAUCAACGGAGAAAAGUAUGCCUGCGAAGCCUGCGUGCGAGGCCAUCGCGUGAGCAAUUGUCAACAUCAUGACCGGCCACUCCAGCACAUCAACAAAAAGGGUCGGCCCGUUUCCCAGUGUGCGCACUGCCGGGCUAUGCGCAAGUCCCGGUCAGCACAUGUCCGAUGUGACUGCGGCGAGAAGACAACAAAGUGCGUGCACUUGAGACCGCCGCUCGAGGGUCACAAGGGCAAAAAGGACUCGCCAUCACAACAGCUCGAUCCUGUCCCUGAGUCCGGCGCAGAGGCCGUCAAUGCCUCGAAUUCCCCUUCUCCGACGACCAGCUCCAGCUCCUCCGCCAAUGGGAGCAACAAGAGCUCCUCGAAGCCGAGCUCGCGCCCCAGACGUCGCGCUAGCACCAUGAGUUCGGACGGUAUGCUCUCCUUUGACGCCAACGGCCAUCACAAGCCGACGCACAGGCACAAUAAGGCGGCGCAGAAGUGCAGUCCUUACCAGCUCAACCGCGUCAAUAGCUUGCCCCAUGGCAGCUUGAAGCACCGUUCGAUGGAUGACCUGAUCGGAGCUGCCGACUGCCCUUCCAGGAACUCGUCGGGGAGCGGGAGCGACGAGCAGAUGCAGCGCAGGGUCCGGUCGGAGGCCGCGUCGCCACUGCUUGACGGGUCGUCGGGUUUCUCCCAGAUGAACGGCCAGCUCCCUCCCUUGGACCUCUCGAACAUCAAGUACACGCCAUACAUUCCGAAUAGCGCCGACUUUUUUGGCUCCCUGUCAGACUACGAGCAGCCAUUGUUCAGCGCUGGACUGAGCGCUACUUCAGUGGACUGGAAUAACUAUGAGGGGCUCGAUUUUAACAGCAAGUCGACUGACUUCAGCCCUUCCAGUUAUAGCCAGCCGCAGAGCUUCGGCGGCUUUGACUUCUCCGGCCCGGACUCGAUCCCGACGCUCACAGCGACCGCCUCAACUUCGGGAGAAGUCUCAGAGGUUGAGGACUUCCUUUCAAACCCGCUCGAUGACUUCGACGCCUUCAGCACAGCGACAGGUACCACCAGCGGGUACUCGAUCAGCACCUCGCAGCUGGGCCUGCUGUCGUCAAACCCGUCGGAAUUGUCGAGCCUCGAGUUUGACGACUUUAACUUCAUGAAGAAGGCCAGCAGCAAGUUCAUGUCGGCUACUGGGCCUCUGGACGACCCUCUACUGACAGGUGCUACCGCCGCAGCACCUAACUUCAGCGCCCUCGCAGCGCUUGACGAGGACUCGACUUUCUGGAUCAAUGAUUAUAGCGGCCUGCCCCUGACGGACUCGCCGAAUGACAGCAGCAUGCCUUCUUUCUGGGAUAGCUAA